UGAGUCGCAGGAACCCGAGAGGAGCCGGCUUGCGCUAGGAAGAGGCAGGCAGUGGCCGAGGCUUUGCGUCUCCUCCUCCUCCUCCUCCUCCUCCUCUGCACCACGCCUCAACUUUCCAAGAAAGUUCAAUAACUCCUGGGCGCAGGCGAGAGAGCGAGAGAAAGAGAGAGGGGGCAAGAGGCUUACGGUGGGUGAUCGGGCGCCGCAUCAGGCAGCCACGCCGGCGUUGGCGAGCGCAUGAUCCGCAUCCGCACCAGCCUUCCGCAUCCUUCUCCUUCUUCUUCUUCUUCUUUCUGCACUUUGCGCUUUCCGCCUCCCUUGGCACCUUCCCGCCCAGCCGCCAGGCGAUGCAGUCUACUCUACCCCGACAGUCGUGGCCACGCUCCACCCGCGCUUCCUGAACAAUAAGCCAAGCACGUGUGCCAGGCUGUGGGAGAGCUUGUGGGGAAGCGUGUGGCGCGAAGGGGGUGGGAGAAACCCCGGCGCCUCCAGGAGGUGCUGAUCUCGCGCGUUGCUCCAGAUUUCUUUCCCAACUUCCUUCCCUUUCUCUUUCCUCUGGCUUGAGUUGCUUCCAUUUCUCUCUCGCUUUUGUUUCUUGUCACCAUCCACGGGUUUCCCAACGCAAUCCCUCCCCUUCCCCGUUUAUGAUUUUGAGCUAAGACACUCGUUCCUUGGGGCUCUCCGUUCCAUCCAUUAUUGAUCCGGCUUGGCCGCCUGCUUGUUUUUAAAUCGGUGUAUCGCUCGAUCUUCCAGACAUUCUCUCUCUCCGUGCGCGCCACCACCCUUGUUGUCCGCGCAAAGACCGUGUUGGGAGGACUGGGGGAUGAAGGCGCCUCUUUGAACGGCCACCAUGGAAGGAUCUAGCUCCAGUUUUGGAAUAGACACGAUUUUGUCUAACCCCAGGUCCAGCAGCCCGGGCAUGAUGAACGGAGACUUUCGGGCGGCCCACGGCGAGGCCGCCAGGGCAGCAGAUUUUCGCAGCCAGGCCACCCCAUCUCCAUGCUCGGAAAUAGACACGGUAGGGACGGCUCCUUCUUCGCCCAUCUCGGUCACCACGGAGCACUCCGAACAGCAUCUGGCGCAAGACGGUCUCCCUCCACAGCAUCACCACCUUCAUCACAGCCAACAUCCGCAGCAGCAGCAGUCACAACAAAGUUUGCAACAAUCGCCCCAGCAACAGCAGCAACAACAGCAGCAGCUGCAGCAGUUGGGUUCGGGCAGUUCUGCCCCCAGGACUUCCACUUCUUCUUUUCUAAUUAAAGACAUUUUGGGAGACAGCAAACCGCUGGCGGCGUGUGCACCUUACAGCACCACCGUCUCUUCCCCGCAUCACACCCCCAAACAAGAGAACAACGCGACGAACGAAAGCUUCAGGCCAAAACUCGAGCAGGACGACAGCAAAACCAAACUAGACAAACGCGACGACUCCCAGAAUGAGCUGAAAUGCCACGGGACAAAAGAAGAAGGAGAUCGUGAGAUUACAAGUAGCCGGGAUAGCCCACCGGUGCGAGCGAAGAAGCCCCGCAAGGCGCGAACGGCCUUCUCGGACCAUCAGCUCAACCAGCUAGAGAGGAGCUUCGAGAGGCAAAAGUACCUGAGCGUACAAGACCGCAUGGACCUGGCAGCCGCGCUCAACUUGACCGACACCCAGGUCAAGACCUGGUACCAAAACCGGAGGACCAAGUGGAAGCGGCAGACGGCCGUGGGGCUGGAGCUGCUGGCCGAAGCUGGGAAUUAUUCGGCACUGCAGAGGAUGUUCCCGUCGCCCUAUUUCUACCACCCGAGCCUGCUGGGCAGCAUGGACAGCACCACAGCAGCCGCGGCGGCCGCGGCCAUGUACAGUAGUAUGUACCGGACUCCUCCUGCGCCUCAUCCCCAGCUCCAGCGACCUCUGGUCCCCCGGGUGCUGAUCCACGGCCUUGGCCCCGGGGGGCAGCCGGCCCUCAACCCCUUAUCCAACCCCAUCCCGGGGACCCCCCACCCGCGGUGAAAGGGCCCUUUGCCUCCCUCUCCCGUGCUCCCGUAGUCCAGCCAACAGACUCCCCCUCACUCCCCCCCCCCACUUAAACAGCAACAACCAACCAAGGAAGGAGCCAAGGCGAGUGAGGGGGGCGGGCAGAAGACCGAGAGAGGUUCUCCAAGCUGCCAAAGGAGCCGAUCUGCUCAGAGUGCAGGGCCUCUGGAACCAGUAAGUGAGACUUCACAUCCAGCCCGGCACCCUAACCCUUUCUUCGAGGAGGGGGUGGCCAGGCGACGCUAGUAGAGAGAGAGAGAGAGAGAAGAGGAAAGAGAUUGAGAGACCCAGCCAGACCCAGCCAAGACUCUUGAGUGACACAAAGGAGGGGGGGGGGAACACACCCCUUCCCCCCAACACAGAUCUCAGAAGACGAGGAGGUGGGAUUGGGUGAGUGGGUGGAGGGAACGGAGAAGUUUGCACUGAAUUCUCAUGACCUUUUUUCUUACUGAAAAGUGGCAUGCUCCGUAUUCUAUAAAUAAAUAUCUAUAAAUAUAUAUAUAAUAUAAAUAUAUAUAUAUAAUGUACAUUUUGAACAGGCUGGUGUGCGAAGUGAUAUAUCAUAUUUAUUAUAUGUUGUCCAAAAAAAAGGUCACUUAUAUACAUUAGUUACAAAAAAACAACAAAGGAACAAACAAAAAAGAUUUCUUCCCCUCUCCUCUCUCUUUUCCCCAUAUGUUUUUUUUUUGAUUCAGUAAAAUAAAUGCUUAGAUGACAAAAUAAUUAUAUAGAUUUUUUGAUGACUGAAAAUGGCAAAGUGAAGGGAAAAA